AUGGAUAUCUCGAAGCCCGUUGGAUCGGAGAUCACGUCGGUCGACUUCGGCGUGAUGACCGCCCAAGACAUACGGAACUUCUCUGCCAUGCAGAUUACCAACCCCACCGUUCUGGACAACCUGGGUCACCCAAUCUCGGGCGGUCUCUACGACCUCGCCCUCGGCGCCUUUUUGCGCAACCUCUGUGCCACCUGCGGCCUCGACGAGAAGUUUUGCCCGGGCCACCAGGGCCACAUUGAGCUGCCCGUGCCUUGCUAUAACCCUCUCUUCUUCAGCCAGCUCUACAUCUUCUUGAGAAGCAGCUGUCUCUACUGCCACGGCUUCAGGCUCAAGGCCUCCGAGGUGCAUCGCUACGCCUGCAAGCUUAAGCUCCUGCAGUACGGGCUCAUCGACGAGUGCUACAAGCUCGACGAGCUGCGGGUCGGCACCCUGCAAACCGCCGUCGACGAGGCCGAGGAGGACGACGGCGAUGACGACAAGCCAUCCAAGCUCGUCGACGUCGCUCUGCUCAGAGAACUCAAAGUCAAGCGCAGAGAGUUCGUCGACAUCAGCAUAGCCACCGCUAUCUCAGAGGGCCGUACCUCUUACAACGGUACCUUCACCGCCACCGUCAACGACGAAAGAAAAGCUUUGAUCCACGACUUCUACAAGAGACUUCUUUCCAGACCAAAGUGUGACAACUGUGGAAUGUUCUCGCCCAAGUUCAGAAAGGACGGUUUCACCAAGAUCUUUGAGACCUCACUCACGGAAAAGCAGCAGACCAAUAACAGAGUCAAGGGUUUGAUCCGUGCUGACAUGAUCAAAAAGCAGCAACAGCGCCGUAAGCUGGCCGACGAUCAGAACUCCGCCGGCGAGCCCAUGGAGGUCGACGAGGACUUCGACAACUCCAGGGAUGCGUCUGCUAGACCCAAGACGGGGUCCACCUACAUUCUGUCUACUGAAGUACGCAACAUCCUGCGGAGCGUCUUCAAGAAAGAGCAGGAGGUUCUGCAGUACGUCUUCCACUCUAGGCCAAACUUAUCUAAAAAGCUAGUUAGAGCCGACAUGUUUUUCUUGGAAGUUGUGAUAGUUCCACCAACCCGUUUCCGCUUGCCUUCCAAGCUGGGCGAGGAAAUUCAUGAAAACACCCAAAACCAGCUUCUGUCUAAGAUCCUGACCACCUCUUUGCUGAUCAGAGAUCUCAAUGAGGAAAUGUCUAAGCUACAAAAAGACAAGGUGUCUGUCGAAGACAAAAAAGUUAUCUUCAACAGGCUCAUGAACGCUUUCGUCACCAUCCAAAAUGACGUUAACGCUUUCAUCGACUCCACUAAGGCUCAAGGAAACACCGGAGGUAAGGUUCCUAUCCCUGGUGUCAAGCAGGCUCUGGAAAAGAAGGAAGGUCUGUUUAGAAAGCACAUGAUGGGAAAGCGUGUUAACUAUGCUGCCAGAUCUGUCAUCUCGCCUGACCCAAACAUUGAGACUAACGAAAUUGGUGUUCCACCGGUUUUUGCUACAAAGCUGACUUACCCAGAGCCCGUCACCUCUUACAACAUCGCGGAGUUGAGACAGGCUGUGAUAAAUGGCCCCGACAAAUGGCCGGGUGCCACUCAAAUUCAGAAUGAAGAUGGGUCGUUGGUCUCCCUCGUCGGCAUGACUACCGAACAGCGCAAGGCUCUCGCCAACCAACUUCUGACUCCUUCCUCGCACAGCGCUACACACUCUUUGAACAAAAAGGUCUACCGUCACAUCAAAAACAGAGAUAUCGUCAUUAUGAACCGUCAACCAACCCUACACAAAGCUUCCAUGAUGGGUCACAAAGUCAGAGUCUUGCCUGGCGAAAAGACAUUGCGUUUGCACUAUGCCAACACCGGUGCUUACAAUGCUGACUUCGAUGGUGAUGAGAUGAACAUGCACUUCCCUCAAAACGAAAACGCUAGAGCUGAGGCUUUCAACCUUGCAAACACUGACUCCCAGUAUCUGACACCAACUUCGGGGUCUCCUGUGAGAGGUUUGAUUCAGGACCACAUUUCUGCAGGUGUGUGGCUGACAAACAAGGAUUCGUUCUUCACAAGGGAAGAGUACCAACAGUAUAUUUAUGGCUGUAUUCGUCCAGAAGAUGGUCACGCAACUAGAAACAAGCUAUUGACCGUUCCACCCGCGGUUUUCAAGCCUGUACCUCUAUGGACCGGUAAACAGAUCAUCACCACCGUUCUUUUGAAUGUUACACCCGCUGACAUGCCAGGUAUCAAUCUUCUUUCAAAGAACAAGAUCAAAAACGAAUACUGGGGCAAAGGAUCCACCGAGAACGAUGUCGUAUUCAAGAACGGCGAAUUGCUGUGCGGUAUCUUGGACAAGUCCCAGUAUGGUGCUUCGAAGUACGGUAUUGUUCACUCUUUGCAUGAAGUCUACGGUCCAGAUGUGUCAGCUAAAGUUCUUUCAGUACUCGGUAGACUCUUCACUAACUACAUUACUGCCACGGCCUUUACAUGUGGUAUGGAUGACUUGCGUCUGACCGAAGAAGGCAACAAGUGGAGAAGCGACAUUUUGAAGACAUCAACUGAUGUCGGUCGUGUAGCUGCAGCCGAAGUCACCAACUUGGAUAAGGACGUUAGUGCAAACGACAGCGAGCUCCUGAAGCGUUUGGAAGAAAUCCUGAGAGACGAUAACAAGCUGGGAAUUCUAGAUGCGGUCACCUCCUCAAAAGUUAACUCUAUCACAUCGCAAGUUGUUUCGAAGUGUGUUCCGGAUGGGACAAUGAAGAAGUUCCCAAACAACUCCAUGCAAGCAAUGGCUCUCUCUGGUGCUAAGGGUUCCAAUGUCAACGUCUCGCAAAUUAUGUGUUUGCUAGGACAACAGGCUCUGGAAGGUAGAAGAGUACCAGUGAUGGUUUCUGGUAAGACUCUGCCAUCCUUCAAACCUUUCGAAACCGAUGCUAUGGCUGGUGGUUACAUCAAAGGCCGGUUUUACUCAGGUAUCAAACCUCAGGAGUACUACUUCCACUGUAUGGCUGGUCGUGAAGGUUUGAUCGACACAGCUGUCAAGACCUCUAGAUCCGGGUACUUACAGCGUUGUUUGACUAAACAGCUAGAAGGUGUUCACAUCUCUUAUGACAACUCUGUAAGAGACGCCGAUGGUACUCUCAUCCAAUUCUUGUACGGUGGUGAUGCGGUUGAUGUGACCCAAGAAUCUCACAUGACUCAAUUCAAGUUCUGUGCAGACAACUACGAUGCUCUUCUGAAGAAGUAUAAUCCAGCGGCUCUGAUAGAACAUCUCGAUGUUGAGAGUGCCUUGAAGUACUCCAAAAAAGCGCUCAAGCACAGAAAGAAGACCGAAAAGGUCCCACACUACUCUCAAAAGGUCAAGUACGAUCCUGUGGUUUCGAAGUUCAACCCUUCAAAGUAUUUGGGUUCCGUUUCCGAAAACUUCCAAGACAAACUUGAGAGCUUUAUCGACUCUAACAACGAUCUCUUUAAGUCGCGCGACACUGUGAGCGAGAAGAAAUUCCGUGCUCUAAUGCAACUGAAGUAUAUGCGCUCUUUGAUUAAUCCUGGUGAAGCUGUGGGUAUCAUUGCCUCUCAAUCUGUCGGUGAGCCAUCCACGCAAAUGACUUUGAAUACCUUCCACUUUGCUGGUCACGGUGCCGCAAACGUCACCUUGGGUAUCCCUCGUAUGAGAGAAAUCAUUAUGACAGCUUCUGCCGCUAUCAAGACUCCACAGAUGACCUUACCUAUUCUGGCUGAUGUUACUGACCCUCAAGCAGACACUUUCUGUAAAUCGGUGACCAAGGUCAUGCUAUCCGAAGUUGUUGACAGAGUUGAGGUUACAGAAUCUACCGGUUUCUCGGAGGGAAGCACUGGUUCAAGAUCUUACUUUAUCAACAUGAAGUUCUUCGGAAGCGAUGAAUAUGGCGAGGAAUACGACGUUUCUAAAGAAGAGCUGCAGAACGUCGUUGCUGAAAAGUUCUUGAAAUCUCUUGAGGUCGCAAUCGUCAAAGAAAUCAAAAAGCAGAAAAAGAUGGCUUCGCCUGAGAUCGGUGUUGCAGUCCCCAGAUCGCAAGCUGCUAUUGCUUCCGGUGAGGGAGGAAAGAUUGAUGACGAAGACAAUGACGAGCAAGAGUCAAGAAAGAGGACCAAACAAGCUGUGUCGUACGACGAUCCCGAUGACGAUGAGGUUGAAACCAUGAGGGAAGCUGAAAAGUCGUCCGACGAGGAGGUUGACUCUGAGAUGGACUCUGACUCAUCAGACUCUGACGACGCAGAGGAUGUUGAAGAGGAGAAGCCUCUUUCAAAUAAAACUAAAUCCGGACUCACCAAAGUUCAGCGUGAUAGACAGUCUGCAGUUGUAUCUUCCCACAGAUUUGUCACGAAGUACAACUUCGAUGACGAAGACGGAGAAUGGUGUCAGUUCACUAUCGAGCUGGCCGCUGACACCGAAAAGCUGCUGAUGGUUAACAUUGUUGAAGAUAUCUGUCGCAAGUCCGUCAUUAGAGAGGUGAAAAACAUUGACAGAUGUGUUCACCCAGAACCUGAGAACGGAAAGCGUAUCCUUGUCACCGAGGGUGUCAACUUCCAAGAAAUGUGGGACCAAGACGCCUUCAUCGACGUCAACGGUAUUACGUCGAACGACGUUGCAUCUGUUUUGAAGACGUAUGGUGUUGAGGCCGCAAGAAACACCAUUGUGAACGAAAUCAACAAUGUCUUUUCUCGUUAUGCUAUCUCGGUCUCUUUCCGUCAUUUGGACUUGAUCGCUGAUAUGAUGACAAGACAAGGAACUUACCUUGCUUUCAACAGACAAGGCAUGGAGACCUCGACGUCUUCCCUAAUGAAGAUGUCUUAUGAAACCACUUGUCAGUUCUUAACGAAGGCUGUUUUGGACAACGAAUGUGAAAACCUCGACAGUCCUUCUGCCAGGAUUGUUUUAGGAAAACUAAACAAUGUUGGUACCGGCGCUUUUGACGUUUUGGCCAAAGUCCCCGCAUCGCAUUAA